AUGGCUGUCAUUAAUUGGAAGGUCGCGAUCGGACUGGGAAUCAUCUAUGGUGUCGUCUGGAUCCUCGUCAACCCGCUCUCUCAGCUUGCGUUCCCCUACUGCGACCACCCGAAGAAGUGCUUCAACUACGCGGAGGAGCUUGCUGCCAGCGUGGACCGCAGGAUCAACCCUUGCGACAACAUGUACGAGCACGUGUGCGGAAAGUGGGACCGGCUACACCCGUACCCAAUGCCAGGCGCCGGGGGCCAGUUCCGUGUGCUCCAGUAUCGGAUUCUCUCGUUCCUCAUCACCAAGCUCGAGCAGUCGCCUCCUAAUCAUCCUGUGGUUGCGGUCCGCAGGAGCGUCUCCGCCUUUCAGAACUGUCUGAACGUCUAUGAAGAGCGCAGAGAGGACACAAAGGUUGUAUUGGACAUAUUCAGGAAGUACAACUUCGAGUGGCCCUCGAUGAGGCUUCCCGCAGACUUCGACCUGCUGGAGUACCUCCUGGGCAUGUCGCUCGAGUACGGCUUCGCGACGCCUGCUGUGCUAGGCCUCACGCCCGACUUGAAGACUGACAAGCGGUACGGCUUGUCGCUCGAAAUUCAAAUCGCGACGGACGCAGGUAGGAACAAAACGGCCGGCACUGACUACGUGGAGCAGUGCAUCACACACGUGGCGCCAUCGGUGACAAUCGACUUGGCAUCCGCGUUCGCCGAACGCAUUCAGAACACCGCAGCCAACAUGGUCACGGCCGCUUACGCCAUCUUUCUAGGUCAGAGGGUGUCCCUGAACUACACUACCAUCGAGAAGCUGGCGAAUGACGUCGCCGGGCACGGGACGGUAGACGCGUGGCUGAAGGUGAUUAACGGACACAUGCUACCCGGCCGGGAGGUAGACAAGACAGAGCCCGUCCUGGCGAUCAACGGUAGCGGCUUGCUUCUCAAAGCGGUUCUCGACAAUGCCAAGCGCUCAAACUACGUCGACCUGGUGCUCUACACGGGCUGGAUGACGUUCUACAAUAUACGUGCGCUGGUGUCGUACUCGCUCGUGGACUGCAUGGAUGGAGGCGGCAUUCAGUCACAGAUACAGUCUGCAACUCAGUGCUUGGAAAACAUGGCCCAGGUUUCCACGUAUGCCUUCGUUCGGCUGAUGGUGGACAGCCUGGACCUGCAGCCACAAGUGAAUGACACUAUGCGCACGUGGAUGGCGGUGAAGGAGGCCACAAGGGCCAACUUCCCCAAACUGCCCUGGAUGGAUGAGUCGACAGCCGCUGGCGCCAUCCAUCACGUCGACAAUCUGAUCACCGUACUACCCAUGCCGGAUCACCUGAAGAGUGACGAGGCACUCGAGAAAUACUACUUCUUCUUGGACCAAAACGUGACGCAGCCGUUCAUAGUGUGGUUUCACAAUACGUUCCAACGGCGCCUUCAGGAGCAGAAGCGUCUUAUGAAAGAGGACCCCGCAGUUCCCGUUCAUCGCGAAGACAUUGCGUUCGGUGCUUCCGAUGUGAACGCGUUUUACGCGCCCCUGAUCCACCUCAUGGUCGUCCUGCCGGGUGUCAUGAACGCGCCGUUCGUCCCGAGUACGGUGCCACUGGCGGUCGUAACAGGCGCCAUCGGGAAAGUGUUGGGGCACGAAUUGACGCACGCAUUCGAUCCACUGUUCAGCAGCCUGACUAGAACCGGGGACGUGUCCACGUGGUGGUCCGAGGACUCCUUCACCAAGUUCCUCAGUCGGCUGCACUGUGUCAAUAGCCUACUAACGAAUUACACGUCGGACCCCGUGUUCAGCAGGAACGCGCUCUCUGAAACGUUCGCCGACACAGCCGGCACGGAAAAGGCGAGGCUUGCGUUCGGUUCGAUACAAGCGAGCAGCGGAAUUCUGAGUUACACCCCGGAGCAGUCGUUCUACGUGGCCGGCUGCUUCGUUUUUUGCUCCGAGACCGCGUACAGUUGGAGCAAGAGUGGGAUAUAUCCACCCAUGAUGUUGCGCUGCAACCUGCCCGUGCAUAACCAGGAGAGGUUUGCAGAUGCGUUUAGCUGUCCUGUCGAUGCGGCGCUGAACCCACAAAACCGGUGCACGUUCCAUGUGUCGGACGAAAAAUAA